CGUCACCCGCCCUUCUUUUUUUUGUUGCGGGUAUCAAAAACAUUUUAUUUUUUCCCUUUCUCUCUCUCUCUCUCUCUUAACAACACAUCAUAUAAAGCAUUGAGCUUCAUUAAAAGAUGACGAAUAAUAUCUUUGUACCUCAAACUUUUAACGGAGAAAGGAUGGUCAAUGUGAACUUGCCUAACCGUCGAGUAGGCUCUCAACCUGUAAACGACAAUACAACUAAUUCGCCUUCAACAUCACUGUCUAUUGCCACAACUGCAGCUGUUGCUGCGACACGACUUCGAGCGGCUCCAGCAAACGCCGCCGCCGCCGCUGCUGCUUCUGCUACUGGUUCUGCUCCUGCUUCCAAUAGUGGACCUACUGCUACUGCUGCAGAAAACACCAGCCCUAGUCCAAAACACAUCAUGAAACCUCAAGCGUCUCCUCCUUCGGCAACACAGUUUAUUAUUAGUACGCCCAUUGAUUCUCCUAGUUAUAAGCAUGAAGAAGGCUACGUACAAAAGUAUUGGUCGGAAGCCAAUAUUGCUAUUUUGAUCCAACUUCAUCGAAAGUACUACAAUGGUAUUUCCAGCGAAGACCCGAAACAAAGUGUGGAUAGUUGGAUUCAGCUUACAAAGGAAUAUAAUAGCAUUACACAUGAUGAUAGAAGUAAACAUGUCUUGAUGAGAAGAUGGGGAAAAGUGAUGAGAAAAUACAAUGCGGAGAGAAGUUGUUUAGUGGUACAACAACAAAAAUCAGCAUCUGCAGCAUCUCAACAGAUGCCAAUGGUGUCCUACUGGAACCACUUUCAAUACAUGGAUGGCUACUUGAGUCAUUUAUCUAUCCCAGAAGAUAGUUUAUAUAGCAAGAAAAGGGACGACGAUAGUGAUUAUGAUGAAGUGAUAGUAGAAACUCGUAAAAGACAACAUAACGGUGAAGAACCUAUCACGGACGAUAAGCUAAGGUGGUUAGAAAAACAACGUCUGGUGAUGGAACAAACUUUGCAAAAACAACAAGUUCAGAUAGACAUGAUGAAGAAAAAUUAUGAUUCCAUGAAUAAAAUGAACAUGAAAUUUGUCGACAUGUGUGAAAAAGUCACUAGUAAGAACCAAACAAAUGAAAGUCGUUAUUUAGAUUUAUUGGAGAAAUAUAUGGACGAUAAAUUAUUAGAGAAGAAAGAACAUGACUCUCAACCAGAAUGAAAAAUACCAAAAUAAACCUUUUUCUUUAUAUAUCCAUGUCUGUUGUGUGUGUGUGUGUGUGUUUAUGAUUGACAAAGAAUAGAGGCUGCUUCUGUACAGAUGCCAGGAUAAAUACCAUAAUCAACAUGCAUGAUUAAACAACUGGGACCAGUCAGUGAAUAGCUAUCGCCGUUCCAAGUUCCAAUGAUAAUACGGUUUUGGCUCAUGGCUUUUAAUUUUUCCGUAAUCGCCUCAAGACUAUCACUGGUUACUGUGGCAAUCGUGGCUUGAUUUUUUUGACAUGCAGCACCGGCUGCUACUAGACUGUUUUCAUUCUUAUUUAUCACAUUAAAGUUUUUACCAUUCACGCUAAAUUGAGAGCCAAUAGGUUGUUGGCUAGGUAAAGGCGAAGGCUCAUCCACAAAGGGGAAAAGAUCAGACCCGGCUUCAAUAUCCGGUAAAAGAUUGGUAGCUUCUGGUAUAGUAGUACUAGUUGUAGGUGGUGCUGGAGCCACAGG